CACUCUUUACCCGGUGCUCGCUUCAUUCAAAGCCGUCCUUCUUCUUCCUCGAUUCUCGUGUAGUUUUUUCUUAAGAGAGAGAAAACGGGAGAGGGAGAAGAAGAAGACGACCUUUAAGCUGUUUACUUCCUGCUUCUGGUCGUCGCCGGACUAAUGACGGUUUUCGGCCAUUCAGGAAGUGGUGGAGGGAAUUUUCUAACGGGGAAACAGGUUUUCCCGGUUGACUGUGAAGCGGAAGUCUCUCUGCGUCUUCUAGAAGCUUCUCUUUCCGGCGAUCUGAAGUCGGCGGUGGAAUGUAUAUCUGAUCCACUUGUUGACGUCAACUUCGUCGGUGCUGUGUGUUUGAAAGUCCGUAAGGCAGAGGUUUUAUGUCGAGAUGAACUGCCUAAUGAAGUUCGUUUUCAGUAUGAGGAGUUUAAAACAGAUGUCACGGCCUUGUUCGUUGCAGUUCAUGUUGGAAAUGUCACGCUUGUUAGGAAACUACUGAAUAGUGGAGCUGAUGUAAACCAGAAGCUAUUCAGGGGAUUUUCAACCACAGAAGCAGUGAGGGAGGAUCAUCUUGAAAUUUUGGAGAUCUUACUAAAGUCUGGUGCAUCUCAACCAAGCUGCGAGGAGGCUUUGAUGGAAGCAAGCUGUCAUGGUCGGGCGAGUUUAGUUGGGUUACUCAUGGGUUCUGAUUUGAUCCGCACUCAGGUUGCGAUACAUGCACUUGUCACUGCUUGCUGCCGUGGAUUUACUGAUGUUGUGGACACUCUCGUUAAGUGUGGAGUGGAUGCAAAUGCAACCGAUCGCAUGUUGCUUCAGUCAUACCGACCUUCCCUUCAUACAAAUCUAGACUGCACAGCACUAGUUGCUGCUGUUGUCAGCAGACAAGUCGAAGUGGUUAAGCAAUUGCUACAGGUUUCUGGCACAAUAGAUGUUAAGGCUCGAAUUGGAGCAUGGUCUUGGGACACAACUUCAGGUGAAGAGAUUCGAGUAGGUGCAGGUAUGGCCGAACCAUAUCCAAUCACUUGGUGCGCUGUAGAGUAUUUCGAACAAAGUGGUACCAUUCUUCGCACCCUUCUUGAAUACUCUUCCCCGAAUACACUUCAUCAUGGGAGAACUCUCUUGCAUCACGCUAUUCUCUGCGGAAGUGUUGGUUCCGUAAGUGUAUUGUUGAACUCCGGUGCGAAUGUAGAAGCUCCUGUGAAAACAUGCGAGAAUAUCGAGUUUCGUGCUAUACACAUGGCUGCUCGGCUUGGCUUGGCGAGUAUUCUCCAACGAGUGAUAGACUCCGGCUGUGAUUUGAAUUCGAGAACCGACACUGGCGAGACUGCUUUAAUGAUCUCGGUUAGAUACAAGCGUGACGAAUGCCUUAAGGUGUUGGUUGCAGCCGGUGCUGAUUUAGGUUUAGUAAAUUUAGUUGGUCGGUCUGCCUCGUCGAUUGCCGAGUCAAACGGGUGGGCUUUGAGUUUUCGUGACUCGGUCAUAAAUUCUAUCAGGUCGGGGAAAUCUCCCAAAACGACUAACGCCUCUGUCUUCUCCCCGAUUCUAUUCGUCGCUAAAUCGGGCGACGUUGAGGCGUUGAAAUGUCUGAUGGGGAGAACAGAGAUUGACAUUGAUUACCAGGAUGAAAAAGGUUUCUCAGCAGUCAUGAUUUCCGUGAUGGAAGGUCAUGUGGACGCCUUCCGCUUACUAGUCUACGCCGGAGCGGAUGUGAAGCUACCAAAUAAGUUCGGCGAGACGGCCAUAACCUUAUCGAGUCUAAACCAAAACCGAUACCAAUUCGAGAAGGUCCUACUCGAUUUUGAGCUCGAGAAGGGUAAUCGAAGCAACGGGGGAGGGUUCUUCGCCCUGCAUUGCGCCGCCCGUCGCGGCGAUCUCCCCGCUGUUAGAUCCCUAACCGACAGGGGAUACGACCUAAACAUGACAGACGGAGACGGUUACACGCCGCUAAUGAUUGCGGCGAGGGAGGGAAAUGAGGGGAUGUGUCGGUUACUAAUUUCGCUCGGGGCGAAAUGCGAUGCGAAGAACGGGAAAGGAGAGACCGCAUUAUCACUUGCUAUAAAGAGUGGUAGUAGUAGGAAUACGGGUGUUGUGAAUAUAAUAGAAGAUGAGAUUGCAAGGAGAGUAGUGAUCAAGGGUUCGAUUGUGAUGAAACAUACAAAGGGAGGGAGGGGUGUUCUGCAUGGGAAGGCGGUUAGAAUGGUUGAGGAGAGUGGGGUAUUGAGGUGGGGUGAUUCGAGGAGGAGGAACGUUAUAUGUAAGGAGGUUGAGAUCGGGGCGAGCAUUAGGUUCGGGAGUCGCAGGCAGAGGAAGGGCGGGGAUGAUGGUAAAGAUCCGGGAGUGUUUCGAGUGGUGACGAUGAAGAAUAAGGAGGUGCAUUUUGCGUGUGAGGGUGGAAUUGAAAUGGCGAAGAUGUGGGUGAGGGGAAUAAAGUUGGUUACGAGCGAGGCUAGGGUUAUAAGGCCGGGAUUCAAAUGAUUCGAUCGAGAUUAGUAGUUGUUGUUAAACUUUGUAUAGAUGUUAUAGGCGAGUAGUAGUUAGUACUUCAGCUUGAAGUACUAAGGAAGUUUGAUCUUUCCUAUGUAAAUGCUUACCUUAAUCCGGUUGUUGUCCAAGAGUGUGAUUGAAAGUUGUGAUGAUGAUUGAGAAAAAAAAAACUUAAACCAACAUCUCUAUAUGGUUUUCCUUUUGUAUUGA